AUGAAGAACGAUAUCAUGGCACUUGAAACUGGUGUUACAAAUGAUCCAAAUUCUCUUCUUGAUGACGAUGGAAGACACAAAAGAACUGGAACGGUGUGGACUGCAAGCGCACAUAUCAUAAACGCAGUUAUUGGAACUGGAGUCCUCUCCUUACCAUGGGCCAUGUCCCAAAUGGGAUGGGCCCUUGGAAUAUCCUGCAUUUUUGUGUUUUCUGGUGUUACCCUCUACACAUCAAAUCUUCUAGCUGAUUGUUAUAGAUCACCAGAUUCUGUUACUGGGAAAAGAAACACCACUUACAUGGAAGCUGUCAAAGUUCACUUAGGUGGCAAACAGCAUGUCUUUUGUGGUUUGGUUCAGUACAUUAACCUUGCUGGUUUCACUAUUGGUUUCAUCAUUACUACCUCUACUAGUAUAGUGACGAUAUUGAAAAACAAUUGCUACCGCAAGAAUGGAUUUGAAGCUUCCUGUCGUUUUUCGAAUAACCCAUACAUGAUUAUUAUUGGAGUAAUUGAAAUAAUAUUAUCUCAAAUUCCAAAUUUUCACAAGCUAUCUAUUCUCUCAGUCUUAGCAGCUACCAUGGCUUUUGGCUAUGCUUCCAUUGGAGUUGGACUUUCUCUUUCCACCGUUAUCCAAGGAAAUGGGAACGUAAAGAGCACGAUGGCAUUCGCAGGAAGCGACGAGAAUCGCAGUACAUCAGACAUAGCAUGGAAUAUGUUGGUUGCAAUCGGAGACAUUGCACUUGCAGGUGCUUACGCUCAAAUUGCAGUAGAUAUACAAGAUAGUCUGAAAUCAUCACCUCCAGAAAACAAAACAAUGAAAAGAGCAAACACGCUUGCGAUAUUCACUAUGACUAUUUUCUUUAUCUUGAAUGCAUGUGCUGGAUAUGCUGCUUUUGGUUCAAACACUCCUGGUAACAUACUAAAUAGUUCCGGCUUUCGCAAACCUUUCUGGUUAUUAGAAUUGGCCAAUGCCUUCAUAGUUGUCCACCUUAUUGGAGCAUUUCAGGUACUAGUCCAACCCGUGUUCCGUAUAGUUGAAAUGAUUGCUGCGGAAAAAUGGCCAAACUCAAGUUUUGUAACAAGGGAGAUUCCUAUGAAUUUUGGGAAAAUAAACUACACAAUCAAUUACUUUAGAUUACUUUGGAGGACAAUAUUUAUAAUAGUGGUAACUGUUUUAGCCAUGGCAAUGCCAUUUUUCAAUGCGAUGAUUGCUCUUCUUGGUGCUGUUGGAUUUUGGCCUUCAGUUGUUUAUUUUCCUGUGGAAAUGUAUAUUGUCAAACAAAAUAUCAAAAAAGGAACAAUUCGUUGGAUUGGGCUUCAAUCAUUGAGUUGUUUCUGUUUUAUUGUGUCAUUGGCUGCAGCAACUGGAGCUAUUCAUGGGUUGGGUGAAGCCGUUGGAAAAUACAAACCUUUCAUGUAUAAGGCCUAG